AUGGAGAUGAGGAUGAAAACCAAGAAGAAAGCUUCUGCUCCUGAAGAAGAAGAAGAAGAAGAAGAAGAAGAAGAAGAAGAAGAAGAAGAAGAAGAAAAGAAGAAGAAGAAGAAGAAGAAGAAGAAGAAGAAGAAGAAGAAGAAGAAGAAGAAG